GUUUGUAGCAGAAAUCAACGGCACUUAACGCACCAUGAAAGAACAAUUACAUGCUGGAUUUGCAUGAAAAUACUUUAUUAUUGUGCCACUCUGAGAGGCCUGUUUUCCAUUUGUAAGAAAUGUCAAUAAGAAGAAAACCAAGCAAGUACGGUGUGUCAUCUUCUCACGCAGACGAAGACGCUUUACCGACAGCAACUCAGACCAGUUUCUUCCAAAAGGGCCGAGAAUUCGAAAGUCGCUAUGUAAACCACCAUUACACGGAGGAAGAAAAGGAAAAGCUCGCUACCUUCGAAAGUGUAGACUAACUUCCUCCUCACAGUGCUGUCUACAAGAACUGGCUAAAGCAGCAGCCAUCACGUCUUGAUUGGGACCGUUGGGUGAUGAUGGGAAUGAUUGGAUUCUCAGUUGGAUUUAUUGGAUUUCUCAUGCAUCAACUUAUUGAUGUCAUAUCAGAAGUGAAAUGGGACAAAGCAGCUGAGUUCAUAGAGGAUCAUGACUUCGGCUUGGCUUGGAUAUGGGUCAUUGGUUACAGUGUACUUUUUGUCAUAGCAAGUUCUGUUCCAGUUGUGUACUAUCGUCCUUCUGCGGGAGGUUCUGGUAUCCCUGAACUGAUUGGUUUCCUGAAUGGCACAGUGGUGCGACACAUCUUCAAUGUCAAGACCAUGGUAGUCAAGUUGUUCUCCUGUGUUUUUGCAGUUGGCGCAGGACUUCCUAUUGGCCCAGAAGGUCCAAUGAUCCACCUUGGGAGUUUGGUUGGGGCUGGUCUGAGUCAGUUUAAAUCACAAACUCUUAAGUUUAAACUGCCAUUUUUUGAGAGGUUUCGAAAUACAGAAGACAGGCGCAACUUUAUCUCAGCUGGUGCUGCUGCAGGUGUGGCCUCAGCCUUUGGGGCUCCAGUUGGUGGGCUUUUGUUCUCCAUGGAAGAAGUGUCGUCUUUUUGGAACAUGAAGUUGUCAUGGCAGACUUUCUUUGCUUGUAUGGUAUCUACAUUCACCACUGACUUGUUUAAUUCAGCAUUUGAAGGCUUCAAGUAUCAAGGGGAUUUUGGCUUGUUUAAAGCGGAAAAGAACAUUUUGUUUCAAAUUAGUCAUGGAAUUGGAUUAAACAUCCUGGUCUUCAUACCAACUGUUAUUCUUGGAAUAAUGGGAGGUUUAUUAGGAGCUGUGUUCACUUUCCUUAAUCUAAAGAUUGCACGCUUCAGAAGAUUAUGGAUUGCAAAGAUUAAGUCUAAACAAUGGAAAAACAUUGGCAAGGUGUCAGAGCCUGUUUUAAUCAUGAUAAUCACUGGUACAGCGUCAGUUUUCCUUCCUGCGGCUUUUCCUUGUACAUCAUUUGAGUGUUCCUUUUCAUCAGAAGGAUUUAGGAAAAAGUGUUUGACAGACGCUCAGCAUCCUCUGCACACCGAAAGGGAUGUACAAAACUACACAUGCCCUGCUUUUGAUACAGUAACCAUUAAUGGGACUCAGUAUACAAACUCGUCUUAUAAUGAAGUGGCUACAUUGUUAUUUGUGACGGGAGAGAAAGCCAUUCAUCAUUUGUUUUCAAGAGACACAGCGUACGAACUUGGAUAUGCGUCUCUCUGCUCUGUGUUGGUUAUUUAUUUUUUGCUCGCGUGUUGGUCGGCUGGCACUGCCAUUUCAAGUGGAUUAGUUGUGCCUAUGUUGUUCAUAGGUGGAACAUAUGGCCGUAUUAUUGGAAGAGCCAUGGUAGAUAUGUUCGGUUUCCACUCUACAGGUUACUGGGCGUGGAUGGACCCAGGAGCUUUUGCUCUCAUCGGAGCAGCGUCAUUUUUUGGCGGUGUAUCAAGACUGACCAUGUCAUUAACAGUGAUUAUGAUGGAGAUCACAAAUGACAUUCAGUUUUUGUUACCGAUCAUGGUCGCCAUCAUGGUAGCUAAGUGGGUAGGAGACUUUGCUACUCAUCCGUUGUACCAUGCUCUGUUGGAGUUGAAGUGCAUUCCCUUUCUCGACUCUGAGCCUGUAAUUCUUCACGAGGGAUCCAAAGCGAUAAACUUAGAGUUGUUUCGAGCUGGCGAUGCCAUGUUCUCUCCUGCAAUAGUUGUACACAAAGUGGAAUCCGUGUCUCGCCUCACCCAUUUGUUGUUAGACACACCUCAUGGUGGGUAUCCUGUGGUCACCAAGACAGACGCAGACCAUGAGGUGUUCUCUGGACUGAUAUCCAGGAACGAAAUCGUGGUACUUUUGUCUCGAGAAGACAUCUUUUCCUCCCGCGAAAAUUUAUCACUUCCAGAAGAAGAGCUUCACACGAACAGGUUGGAUUACUGCCAGAUGCACCAAGGAUAUUACCCUGAUGCUGAAAGACUAAAUGCCCAGUUGGAGCGUUACGCCGGAGAGUCGCGUUUCCAAGAAAUGUACAUUGAUCUGUCUCCGUAUGUGAACCACUCGGCCCCCACUGUUCAGGAGACGUUCUCUCUUCACCGAACGUACAUUAUAUUCCGAACUUUAGGGCUGAGGCAUUUGACGGUUGUGGAUAAAAGGAAUAGGGUGCGGGGAAUAAUUACACGUAAAGACCUUAUGGGAUUCCAAAUGGAGGAACGAAUUCACAAGUGUCUUCACAACUCACACGAGGCCCAAGAAAUGCAGUCAACGAGCUCGUCAUCAGGGCACCGGCCUAGCGUGGAGGCCUAAGGUGAAUUCCGUUUGAUUUCUGGUAAACCGAUAUGACAUUUCGCGUUUGGUAAAGUUUGCAUUGACCUACACAAGAAGUACUCAGCUAGCUUUACUUUGCUCGGUAAUUGGUCCUAGAACUGGCGCCCCCUUAAAAAAAAAAUGGAUCGUGACUUGAUCACUUGCGUUUUACUUGCGCCCCAGGCAGUUGUCUCGUUUUCGCCCAGAUUUUUUUAGCGGCAACGUGUGAUAUUUUUAUUUGUGUCUGAUUGGUUGUUGCUAUUAUUUCGUUUUCGGUUUUGCCUCACAGUCAAUCGACAAGCAUUCUAAUGAUACAAGUAUAUUCUCCUUGGAAGUUUUUCACUGCGAUAACUCUGUGAAGGAAAGUUAAGCUAAUCAAAUUUGGAAACCUGUUCUUGAGGAAUAUUAAUGACACUGUUUUCUCAGAGGAACCUCGCAUCUAUCAUCGGCCUGGUUUCCAUUGGAUCGCUUGAUGAAUGCAACAGUGGACUUUUUUUUUUUUCCAAAGAUCCUGAGCCUUCGCGCAAAUUAGCCUGGUAAAUAAGAGAGGAGAUAGAGUAAGCUGAAGCUACAUUUACUUAGGGGCCGGCCAUUUAACUUUUGAGGGGGAUGGGGGUGGGUGAUUUCUGGUCAUCAAGAAGUUUUUUUUCUAGCAAUCUG